GCCAUUAAAGAUGAUCCUCAUAAAAGUCUAUCAUCUUGGAAAAACACUACUCACCAUUGCAAUUGGUCGUUCGUCACUUGCUCUUUGUCUUCUCACUCUUCCGCUGUCAUUUCCCUAAACUUCUCCUUCUUAGAACUCAAUGGUACUCUCUCUCCUCAAAUCGGUUUUCUUACAAACCUGCAAAACCUAUCUCUCCAUGAUAACUAUUUUUAUGGGCAUGUCCCGACUUCUCUUUCUCUCCUUACAAAACUCCACUAUCUUGACCUACAAUUUAACCAAUUUAGUGGCCCACUCCCUUUAUUUGCUAAUAUGUCGGAGCUUCGGGGCCUUUCCCUUAGCUUUAACUACUUUUCUGGUACAAUAUCACCCGAGUUUAGUAAACUUCAAAAGCUUCAAGUUUUGGAUUUAUCAAAAAAUUAUUUACAUGGUGAGAUACCAAAUUCUUUUUCUCUUCUUACAAAUUUGAUUGGUUUGGAUUUAUCAAAUAAUCAAUUACAUGGUGAGAUACCAAAUUUUUUUUCUCUUUUUACAAAUUUGGAUUAUUUGGAUUUAUCAAAUAAUCAAUUACAUGGUGAGAUACCAAAUUCUUUUUCUCUUCUUAUAAACUUGACGUACUUAAGUAUUUGUCAAAACAACUUACAAGGUUUCAUACCAGAGUUUAUUGGAGAUUUAUCUAAGUUAUUAGAACUUCAACUUUCGGGAAAUAAAUUUACAGGAAAUAUUCCACAUAAGUUGGGGACGAAUGGGUUAUUGGGAUACCUAGAUGUUUCUUCAAAUAAGCUUAGUGGUCCAAUCCCUGAGAGUUUAGGGAGUUGUAAGUUACUAGGUUUUCUAGAUUUGUCACAUAAUCAACUCACGGGUCAGUUACCUGUCAACAUUGGAAAGCUAACGAGUCUUCGUUUUUUGUUGGUUGCCAACAAUAACUUGAUUGGAAAAAUCACACCAAAGAUUACAGGAUACAAUGUCACGAAUUUUAAAAACUCUUCUAUUUGCAACUUAGUUGAUCUUGAAAUCCUUGAUUUAUCAUAUAACAAGUUUAAUGGAGAGGUUCCUCAUUGCUUGGGCAAUACUAGUACUCAAUUAUCUGUAUUGAACUCCAAUCAAAUAAUUUCAAGGGCGUCAUUCCAUCAGCAUUAUUUUCUACUUGUGAUUCCUUAGUAUAUGUAGAUUUCAC